CAUUUCAUUUUUACUGUUAUGGAAUAUUUCAAAGAUUAGAACACAACUCAAUAUUGUACGUAAACUUACAUUAACCUAUAUCAUUAACCGGUAAAUUAAUUUACGUUUUGACACCACAAACAUUAUGAAUAAAUUUGGAAAAUCGGUGACAAAGUAUAGUGGACAAGAAGGAAGGAAAAGAAUUAAUAAUCACGAGGAAGCAUCAAUUAAAAAGAACAUGAAAAUAGAUACUGGAAAUGAUUCGCCUCAACAUUCUUAUGAAUCAUGCAUUUAUGGACAUAGUACACCAAUUCGGAGAAAGGAUUAUGCACCUGACGUGGAAGAUUCUCCUGAACUUGAUUAUCAUUGUAGUCCAAUAUCACUCCCGUGUACACAAGAUGGUGGUAAUGAAAUUUCAUGGGAUUGGCAGACUCCAAGUACUAAAACCUCCAGUGAAAAAUUUAAAUCGAAGAAUAGUCAUGUUCAAACCCCCAAGAGAAGUAAACAUUUACAAAAGAAAAGAAAUUCUAAUUCUCCUUUGUUGCCAAAACCACUUAAAAGAAAACAAGUGAAGAUGGAAAAUAUAGAAAAUAUUGGAAAAUUAACAGCUGAACUCAAAGCUUUAACUGAAAAAAUGAAAAAUAUUCAAGAGAAUUGUAAUAAUGAUGUUAUUCCAGAUAGAAAUGAUACAGAAUAUGAAUCAGACAGUAAAUUAUUAAUAGAAUUUGACACUGAAAUUAAUAAUGACAUAAUGAUAGAAAUUGUUGACAAUGAUAAAUCAAAAAUAAGUGAAGUUAUUAUGAAUAAUAAUAACAAGAAGGGUUCAAGUUAUGAAGAUUUAUUUGAUGAUUCUAUUGAUGAUUCUAUGGUGAGGUGUAGUCAAGAAAUCGAAGAGAAAUUAAAUUUAUGUAAAAACAAAGGAAGUGAAGAACUAAGUACAAUAAGAGAAGAGAAAGAAACAGUAUCCAUAUGUUUCACAUCUAACUCUACCGACAAUUCUAAAAGUUUCAACAUGUCUAAAAACUCAUCUACUGACACAAGUGGCAAACUAAAAACAUACUCAAAUAAUUCCAGUAAAACAAGUUCAACUUCCAGCUUUUCAUUUUCAAGUUUGAAGAGUACGAGUCUGCAAAAACGUGCUUGUAAAAAUAAUGUUACACAUACACCGGGUGGGAAAUUACAAGAAAAAGAUCUGUCAGAUUUUCCAGAUGAUUCCUUUGAUGACUGUUUAGCAACUUGCAUAGAAGACGACAAGUUAUUAACCAAAUUGUCAGAGUAUGAUUUUAAUAUUUCAAACUCUGGUUGUAACUCAAAUCACUCUAAAAAGAUAUCUAAAGAAACACCUUCCAAUAAUCUACAGGCUUCGAGUAAUGCAAUGGAUGCUGUAUAUAAUAAGAAAUUUAAUAAUUGUAACAAUUCUAAGUUGAUUACCGAUGAUUUGGUAGAUGAAGUUGAAGUUAUAACCGAUACAGAAACAAUACAGAAAUCUUUCCCUGGCAAAACAGCUUUAGAAAAUAGGAAAUUUUUUAAAACGAAAAGUUUAUCAGAUCAAUGUUUUUAUCAGAAUAGAAAUUGUAAUUUAAACAGUAAAACAAGUAAAACUUCAAAUUCCAUUGCAUCAACUCAAAAACGAUUCCAACCAAAUUCAAAUAAUUCUUCAGUAAGUACUACUUAUCCUGUUGUACCAAGUCAGAAUUCUUAUAAAGUUAAUAAUUUUGCAUCAAUUAAUGGCAUGGAAAAUGCGCCUGCAUUUGACAGACUGAAAGGAAAAGAAGAUGGAAACUGUAUUGUUAAAUACAGUUCUACUAGCAAUUUGAGCAACAUUAAAGAAGUUGUGAAAGAGUCCCAGUCGGUACAAUGUACCCCUGCAGAAAUUGAACGUAAAAGAUUGGAAGCAAAGAUGAAACUAGAGGCAAAACGUAAACUGCAACAAAGUGGUCAAAUGACCAGAGCUGUGUCAGAAGUUCCUAGAAAGAAAUCUGUUAAAAGGUGAAAGCAUUCAGUAAAAUAAGUCAAUGAAAUUAA